AUGAACAAAGCACUUUACUUAACGAUCUGGUUUCCGUGGCUCUGUUAUUUGUUUUCUCACAGCUCCUCGAGUGAUGAGGUGGAAGAAUCAUCUGGCCCGGCACACCAGGUGUUAGUACACACGUCUCCUGAGGUUACAGUGAUACCGAAUGAUGAGAACAUAGAACAUCAAAUGAGCGAUUCUGACUCGGAUGGUCCUAUACUUUACAGAGAUGAGGAAGAUGAGGAUGACGAAUACACUUCAAGUUCACUUGCAAAUAAAAUCCAUCGGAAAGACACUUUAACUAUUAAACUCGGCAAAAGACCAAGCAAAAAAGAGCUUGAAGACAAGAACAUUUUGCCACGAACUUCAGAAGAAGUAAAACAGGAAAUUCGACAGCAACUGGUGAGGCGCCUGAGCCAAAGACCAACGCCAGAAGAGUUGGAACAGAGAAACAUCCUGAAGCAGAAAAAUAAAGAAGAGGAGCAAGAGGCCAAACAAGAGCUCAAAAGAAGUCUGUCUCGAAAGCUUAGUUUAAGGCCAACAGUUGCUGAGCUUGUUGCACGUAGAAUACUCCGGUUUAAUGAGUACGUGGAGGUAACAGAUGCCAAGGAUUACGACCGCCGAGCUGAUAAGCCAUGGACAAGGCUUACACCUGCUGAUAAGGCUGCAAUCCGAAAGGAAUUGAAUGAGUUUAAAAGCACAGAAAUGGAAGUACACGAAGACAGUAAACGAUUCACAAGACAGUUCCAUUAA